UUGUGCCACACACUCGUCCAACGAAAGUAACCCCGGCCCGCACGGCUUUCCUUGACAGUGGCCAUGACAGUGACAAAAUAAACCUUUGUGCUACAUAAAGUACUAGUGUCCAUGUGUUUGUGUGUUGUGUAGUGUGUGUAACCAGUUUGGCUGCAGGAAAAGGAACUAAAAAACUGGGUUCGCUGAUUUCUCUUUCGACUUUUAUCUACUAUCGGAUUUUUUGGAGAGAGCAACAUGGAUUAUUUGACUAGAUAAAACAUAGAUUUCAAUGACCUCAACUAAAUCUCAAAACAGCUUUAACAUCGGUAAUGAAGUUUGAUAGAGAUCCCCACAACAAUGGAUCUCUUACUCGGAACAAACCAGAAAAGGCUUAGCAGAUCAGAAUGGAGGUUCGCGGAGAGAGGCCUUUUAGUCAUAACCUAUAUAUUCCUCCUUAUACUACAAAACAAUUGUCAGACAGUUCUUAGUAAUGAAACAAGUCAAAUAGAUAACUUAACCAAAAGAAUAGACAGUCUAGGUAAUAAAGUAGAAUCUAACCAAUGCCAUAGUUGUCAAAGUAGUAAUAAAUUUGAAGAUAAAGAUGUAGUGUCAAAUGAAAAGUCAGAGAAUUUCAUUGACAAUAUGAUAGAAACUGUUGGAGAGUUUACAGAAAAGCUGCUGCUUGUAAAUAGAACAGAAAAGCAAUUAGAAAAUGAAUUAGAAAGGAUAGUUGAUGACGCUUUGAGCAUGGAUAGGUUUGUAAUAAUAGAUGGAGUUGAAAUCAAAUCUGUGAAGAAUAGAGAAUCGAGGAAUAUGGAAGAUGAAGCGCAAUCGAGAGCACUCUUCAGUACAUACACCUAUGAGUAUAGACUACUGCAAAAGAUAAAGAAUUUUGUGGAAACUCAUAUUAUUUCAAUAAAUUUACCAAAAGCUGCCAGAUUCAUCACUUUUAGAUCAUUCGGCCUGAAGAAGUUGUUCGUGCCCCUUCUCUUCGGCGCGCAGCUGUUCAAAGGGAUGCUACUGGCCAUGUUUCUGCCCAGCAUCCUUGGAAGCUUCGGGAAGAUCCUUGGAAAAGGAAUCUCCCAACUCUCAGCGUCGUCCAGCCAAGCGUCCAACCCGCCGGCGGUCGACGACGGGACAGCGUACAGCAACGACCAGAAAGACUUUAUGGCGUAUGAGACAGAUCCGACCGGCGCGUACGCUUACCCGCAAGACGGGAUGUAUGUCAACAUGGACCCGGCUGAUGUCAACGAUCUGUCGAAUGUCGAUAUGUCCAGAUUUGGCGCUGGCGGACAUAAGGUCACGUAUUUACCGACCAAAAAUGGCUACUACAAGAACCAGUUAGCCUCCGCUACAAACAAUUAUAAGGUAUUCCAGAAAAUCCCAGCCUCCUCAAUGAUCCUGAGUAACUACGAUCCCUUCUACUCCCCUCUGCUAUCCAGACUGGAUGGAAUCUUCGCCAGACUAGGUCUAGCUCCAUCAGAAAACGCAGUGAACACAGGCCCUCAGGUCGGCGGGCAGAGCCUCAGCGAUGUGAAGUUAGAAUCAUGUAGAGAACAGCUGAUAUGCCUCAUGUAUGCCAGUCCGGCCAAAUACGCCCCGUACAGUAACCUUGUAUCUGCCCAGUUGAGCAGAGAACUGAACGAGCUCCGCCGGCCAGUUUCAGACAACCCGGAGAUCCUUCGCUUUUUCCGCUACAUGCGAGCGGCGCGGCGCGGCCAGGAGGGCGUGGAUUGCGCCCGCGUUCACCCCGGCUGCUCAGCUAACACACCACAGCAUACCAUGAUUGCCGCGUACCAUGAUAUUAAUAAACUUGUCACGGCAAGGAAGCUGAAGAAUUAGAUGCUAAACGAGUACCAGGGAGCCUCAUCGAUCGAAUCGUCGACUGGAAUUCGAUCAAAUGAAGAAACAAAGACUGUUAUGCGACAGCGUCUAUUCGAUAAACAAUUGUUUUAAAAACUUUUAUUUCGUGUAAAAUUGUGUAUUUAAUUUUCGAGUAAGUGGGACGAAUAUUUGUCGCGUUCACCUUUACAACGAAAUCGACUUCACGUUGAAACAAAUCGCUAUUGAGUUGGGUCGAUUUCGCUCUAAAGGUGCGUUGUGUUUUAAGCAAUUAUCUAAUGUCUUUUUUUUUACCAGUAGUUAUAUUAUAGCAUCAAAUUUAUUUACUGAAAUGUAUUAAAAUUGCAUGGUUUCAGUCUCGAAAAUGCACGAGUGAAUAAACAUAGGCGAGUUGAAUCGUUAAAAUUAUUUUAUCAACUUGAAGUUUAACCCCUCAAACGCCUUAUUCCAGAUCUGUCUCAGACAAUGUAAACUGUACUUAACAGAUUGGUUAUUUAUUAGCAAAUUUUUGACAACGACGUUCCAGGGGUUAUUCGAUUUUUCUUUUGAAAUAAACACAAAAGAUGUUCAGAUACUUUCAGUGUGGUAUUUCAUCACAGUGACAUUGACACUGCGCUUAUUUCUGGGUUUACAAGUAACAUUGUUCCUCAGCGUCAAUAUUUACAUGUUAAACAGGUAAUGCACCACGAAGAGUCACUAUCGGGCGACAAUGAGGAGGCACACUCAAAGGUUACGACAGAUGGCGCCACCCUAUUAAUCCAUUGCACUGAUUGCACAGAUAAAGAAUUUCAUACGUAAGAGCGAGAAGAUGAUAUGUGUUUUCUCUCUCACACAUAUGAAUGACAGUGACAUGCCUAGACACUUGCACAGGCGCAGCCUCGCGGGAUAAAAUGUCAGUAUGCCUCCUCAUUGUCUAUAUUGUGAAAUAGGCCACAGAUAAUUAAGGAAUCUGGACAAAAUCUCUUCACAAAGUCAAAACAGGCUACUAAUAAAAUGUUACGUUCAUUGAACAAAAUGACUAAAUGUUUGUUCACGCAGAACAUUUCUGUUUUGGAAUUUGCAAUUCCAAGAUUCAAAGUUAGGAUAAUCCGUUUUGCGCUGAUCAACAGAAAUAACGAUUUAAUUUAUUCAUUGACUAUUCGGUUUAUCAUUUAAAUUUAGAUAUUUAAAGUUAGUGUUUAGAGAAACAGAGUUCAAUAUUUGAAGACAGAAGAUUUUAAUUUAGAAAAUGUCAAUAUAAAUAAAAUUAUUUUAAAUAAAUUCAUAAUAUGAAUUAUAUUAUAGUGUAAACUUGUAGGUUGCUAAUAAAGUUAACCUUAGUAUCACAUUAUCCGAUCCGAUAUCGGAUGUCGGAAGGAUUUCAAUGGAAAAAAUCAAAGAUAGCGCCCGUAAUGUAUGGGAUAUCGGUCCUACAUCCGAUAUUGGAUCGGAUAAUCUGAAACGCACUUAGGAUAACCCUAUUAACUGUCAAUAUUUAAUGGCCGAUUUAUAAUGUAAAAAAACUCUUAUUUACACAUUAAUCGAUGCCAGAGUGUAAAAAUUCGAAAAAGUUUUCGGAUGAAUUUAGCAAAGUGUUCAAAGGUGCUACAAAAUAAGGCUUACCUACGAACUACACACAGUGUGGAAAAAUUACGAUAUAUUUUUUGUGUAGUAUAUUGACAGAAGCUGACUGAUAUAAUUUGACGAAAUAAUUAUUAUUUAGGAAAACUUUCUUUUUAAUAUUUUUUCCUGGAUUUUAAUAGAGCUUUGGUUUUGGAUGCUUAUUUUUAUCUUUUAAUUUCUUAUUUAUAUUAUUUAUUUAACCUAAUUUUAAUGGAUUGUGUGAAUGUUAUUUAUUGAAUGUUUGUUUUGUGUUGGAUUUUAUCUAAUUUAUUUCUUGAAUAUAAGAGGUUGUUAAUUUUAAACUUGUUUUAGGUGAAACUUUAAAAAUGUCGAAAUCUUAAUAAAAUGAUUGUAUGUAUUUAUUUGUUAACGGCAUUAUUGUUAUUAUUUUUCAUGUUAGUUGUUUUUUUUUUGUGAUGAUGUCUUUAUUAUAAAAUUGUGGUUUUUAAGUAAUUUUAUAUUUUAUCACUUGUAAUCUUUUUUAUGUAAAAAUGCACUUCAAAUGUUUUAUACAUCUAGAGAAAUAAGAUUUAAUAAAAUUU